CCAUUAUUUACUUUGGUAACAGAAAACAUUGUCUUGAUUUAAAAUUUAGUUAAUCACAAUUUUUGUGACCUUUUCACAAUUUGCUAUACCAGAUAAAAAGAUACAUUAAUUAAUUGAAGGAUAUGAUUUUUCAGAUAAAUAUGUCUUUUCAAUCUCCAAUGCCAAGCCGAGAAUUCUUAUGGGAUAUUUUCAGAAGAGUCGACAAAGAUCGCAGUGGCUAUAUUUCAGCAGAUGAGUUACAGCAAGCACUUUCUAAUGGCACAUGGAAUCCAUUUAAUCCUGAAACUGUACGAUUAAUGAUUGGAAUGUUUGACAAGCAAAAUAGAGGUGCUAUAUCAUUUGAAGAUUUUGGUGCACUAUGGAAAUAUGUAAGCGAUUGGCAGAAUUGUUUUAAAUCAUUUGAUCGCGACAAUUCCGGUAACAUUGACCGGCACGAAUUAAGAAAUGCCCUUACAGCAUUUGGAUACAGAUUAUCGGAUGAAGUGGUUAAUAUAAUGGUACAGAAAUUUGACAGAUACGGUAAUGGUACCAUACUCUUUGAUGAUUUCAUACAAUGCUGUGUCACACUCUAUACUCUCACAUCAGCAUUUCGUCAGUUUGAUACGGAUCAGGAUGGAGUAAUCACUAUUCAUUACGAACAAUUCCUGAAAAUGGUGUUUGGUCUAAAGUGCUGGCCGUAGUCAUCGCCGUCAUGGGCAAUGGUCGUGAAUAAUCUGUGGGUAAAUAUAAUUCUAAAAAUGGUGUAACUAGUAUUAAUUGCAUUUUUUCUCAAUUUUUAUGAUAUCGACAUCAUUAAUUCUUAUAUUUUAAAAAAUAUCAGUGCUCUAUAGCUUUGUAUACA